AUGUCGAUGGCAAGCGGAGCUGGCGGCGGGAUGAUGCAGUCCAACCCUGCAAAGCUCAAGAAAAGCCACAUUGUUUGCACAAUGCGGCCGCUGCGAGUCUGCAUCGAGGAGAACGGAGGCGAUCUUUCAAGGUGUGUCAAAGAGGUGGAAGAGUUUGAGAGAACUUGUGACAAGAGACUGGAGUACGUGCAUGAUCGAGAUGGGCUAGAUGACACGCGAAGCGGGCUCUUUAGUGGCCAGAAGCAGCGCGCUAAUUGA